AUGGGAGAAGAUUUCUUCUCUUUCACUAACUCCAACACUGAUGAUUCCUCAAUCUUCGAGUUGGAUUACGAUAACACCCGCUCCUCCUCCGCCGCCGCCGCCUCCUCCUCCGCUUCCGGUUUCUUCAGCCCUGGUCUUUACCGUGGUUGGUUUGGAAAUGAUGAUGAGGAUAAUGAUAUUGAGAAGCCUUACUUGGUUCCUUAUAGGUGGUGGAGUGAGGUGGAAGCUGGUGGUGAACAAGUAGGAAUUUUGUACAAUGUAACAUCGACCUUUGACGACGACGACGACGAUGCUGAGAUUGCACUUUAUUUUAGGAAGAAAGAGGGUUCUGAGAGGAGUGAGGAUACUGAAGAAGGGUUUUCUGGCCGUGAGUAUGCUAUAAUAUCUGGAAGAAUGUGGUUACGGGCGCUUAAACGGCAUAAUGAUUCAAAAGGAGUAAUAAAGGAUGUUAGUGGCGCUUUUAUUGCUGAAGAUUAUUCGCAAGAUGUGUUUCCCAUACAAAUAAGGCUUUCAGUUUCUAAGAGAACAAAUUCUUUGGUUGUGAAGAUCAGCUCAAAGGACAAUCUGAUUUCUUCUUACAGGAUAGCUUGCAAUAUUUUUGUUCCCAAGCCAAAGCUGUUGCAUAUAUGGGACUUCUCAGGGCAGACAACUCAAUUUCUCGUGGAUGAUAGGGUCAACCUGCCUAAUGAUACCCUGGGAGAAAAUGGAAAAGAGAUUGCACUUGAAUUGCAAGCCUAUGGGUUUUCAGAUUCUAUGACAGAUAGAGGGGUUGACUUUGAUGGGAUGGAGACUUCUUUUGAAUCUGGUUCUGUUAAAAUGAAUGGAUGCACUGAUCAUGUGCGCUCUUAUUCGAACCUAAGGAACUCACAAUCUGGGAGUGGCUUUAGGGGUGUUGGUUACUUGGGUUUGAGGGGAUUGCAGAAUCUUGGGAAUACAUGUUUCAUGAAUAGUGCAAUUCAGUGCUUGGCACACACCCCAAAGCUAGUUGACUAUUUUCUUGGGGACUAUGGAAAAGAGAUAAAUCAGGAAAAUCCACUAGGGAUGAAGGGAGAGCUUGCUUUAGCAUUUGGGGAUUUGUUAAGCAAGCUAUGGACACCAGGAGAUACCCCAGUGGCUCCUGCAAUAUUCAAGCGAAAACUAGCAGAUUUUGCUCCUCAAUUCAGUGGCUACAAUCAGCAUGAUUCUCAAGAGUUUCUUUCUUUUUUGUUGGAUGGACUCCAUGAAGAUUUGAAUCGUGUAAAAUCCAAGCCAUAUAUAGCCAUUAAAGACGCAGAGGGUCGCCCAGACGAAGAGGUAGCAGAAGAAUAUUGGAGGAAUCACCUGGCUCGCAAUAACUCAAUCAUAGUUGAUUUGUGCCAAGGUCAGUAUCAGUCAACGUUGGUUUGCCCUGCUUGCAGCAAGAAGUCUGCCACAUUUGAUCCGUUUAUGUACUUAUCCCUGCCAUUGCCUUCAACAACAAUGCGGACUAUGACUUUGACUGUCUUGAGCACUGAUGGGAAGAAUUUACCAACCCCUAUUACUGUAACUGUGCCCAAAUGUGGGAGGCUGAAGGAUCUCAUUGAGGCCUUAAGCAUUGCAUGUUCUUUGAGAAAUGAUGAAAUGCUGAUGGUGGUCGAGAUAUACAAGAAUAGAAUUUUUCAUUGCCUAACUGAGCCAUCUGACUCGGUAGCCUUGAUCAGAGAUGAAGACAAACUUGUUGCUUAUCGGUUGCCAAAAGAUAAUAGAAAUUCACCCUUAGUUGUCUUUAUGCACGAAAGGGUGGAAAGGCCUUGUGAAUUUGAGAGAGCAAUACCAAAUUUGAAGUUGUUUGGCAUUCCGUUUGUUGCAAGAUUAGAGAAUCUUUCUACUGGAUUUGAACUCCAUAAACAAUAUCUGAAAUUACUAAGUCCACUUCUUAUGCCUGCUGAUAAUGCAUUUAAUGAUUAUGAUGAUGUGGGAAUCACAACUAAUGAAGAUUCUACAAUGGAUGAUGUCCUUAGUCCUACGAUCUCAGACAGUAAUACAGGCUCGGACUCUGGAACAGAGGAUGACCAGUGUUCCAGCUCUGAUUUUCAAUUCUACUUGAAAGAUGGAUUGCAAUCAUUAGAGAUAAAGAUGAAUGAGCCAUUGCCAAUCCCAAAAUUUAGCGAUAAAUUGGAGGUCUAUGUAACUUGGUCUGAAAGUAUGAUUGAGAAGUAUGAUACAUGCCUUCUCAGCUCAUUGCCAGAAGUUUUAAAGCCGCAGCUAUACACUAGGAGGCCUCCAGAAUCUGUUUCUUUAUAUAAAUGCCUUGAAGCUUUCUUGAAAGAAGAGCCUUUAGGACCAGAAGACAUGUGGGAUUGCCCCAGCUGCAAGAAGCCUCGCCAGGCUAGGAAAAAGUUAGACCUUUGGAGAUUGCCUGAAAUUUUGGUUGUUCAUUUGAAGAGGUUCUCAUACAGUCGAUAUAUUAGGAACAAGUUGGAAACAUACGUGGACUUCCCAAUUGAUGAUUUUGAUCUGUCGACCUACACUUCCCAGAAGGACAGCCAGUUUUCCAAUCAUUAUGUAUUGUAUGCAAUAAGUAAUCAUCAUGGAGGCAUGGGGUGUGGUCACUAUGAUUCAUUUAUUGAUCUUGGUUAUCGCAGAUGGUACGAGUUCAACGACAGCCGUGUUAGUCCUGUUAGGGAGGAUGAUAUUAAAACAUCAGCUGCUUAUGUACUUUUCUACAGGAGAGUUGCUUAA